AUGGCGAAAGCUAUACCACAAUCAUUUCCAAACACUGUCCACAAGCUAUGCCGUUGGCACAUCAUGAAGAAGUACAGGGAAUACCUCGCGUUGCUGUACAAAAAGUAUAAAUCAUUCAAAGAGGAGUUCACAGCUAUAUUAAACUGGCCGUUGAUGCCAACGGAGUUUGAAGAUGCCUGGGCUGAACUCGUGCACAACUACAACCUGGAGAACGACCAGAUGAUGAUGCAGCUCUGGAGUGAUAGGAAGAUGUGGAUUUCAGCAUAUUACAAGAACAUUUUCUGUGCUAGAAUGACUUCCACACAACGAAGCGAGAGUAUGAACCACGUGCUAAAGAAAGGGUUUGUCAAGGGGACCCAGAACCUACACAAGUUUGCUAGGCGGGUCAAUGCUUGCACCAAUCCUGUGACAAAAACAACUUACGGCUACGAGGAAGACAUGUCUAUCAAGUACACGAGAGCCGUGUACACCGAGAUGAGGAAUAGGAUGAGAACGGCCACGCUAUUUCGCGCAAAGCGUACAGCAGAGCCCACUAAGUACCUUGUGUACUACCACAACAAGCCUGGCCAUGAUGAUGAAGAAAGAUUUUCCUGGUCAAAGCAUGAAUUCCAGGUUGUAGCUGACCCAGAGAAUGAAAUAUACGAGUGUGAAUGCAAGCUCUGGACACACACAGGCCAGUUCUGCCUUCACAUCAUGAACAUACUAGACUACCUCAAGCCUUACAAAUUUCCAAACAAGUAUAUCCUCAAACGGUACACAAAGACUGCAAAAUCACAACCAACCUUUGAUACAAGGGACUACAACACAACCGCAUCGGAUGGCAGCUCAAGGCUAUCGAAGCAAGACAUCUUGCUGCAGCUGAAUUUGAUGGUUAACAAGAAAGCGAUGAGAUGUGACCAGCAAUACGACAGAGCCUACUAUGUUCUCAAGAGGCUCGUGGAAGAGCUUGAUGCAAUACAUUCAGCAAAUCAAGCGGAUGCUGACGAAAGGAUGGCUGAAGAGGACGCUGAAAUUGAAGAUGACCUUCAUUAUUAUGCAGCUGAAAUGCUCAACGCCGCCGCUGAAGCCAACCAAUGCAAGCAGGGUGAUGGCCAAUCAAUGGAGCAGUGA